AUGCCAGCAAUUACAAGAAACAAUAAGAAGACAAACGCGGAUAAUACCGUUGAUUCACAAAACAAAGUUUCUCAGGAUCGAUCCCCAAAAGUGGGCACUGCCAAAGAGGAUGACAAUGUUGCUAAUCCAGAUACAGAAGCCACAGAAUCUACAACAACUAAAGAUACUGAAAACGAGAAGGUUGCUUCUGAUAUUGCUUCUCUGAAAAAGAGAAAAAAUCCUGAUAGUAGUGACAAUAAAAAUGAUGACACGAUUGAAAAACCUCAGGAAACAAAAGAUUCUGCAUCUUCACUUCCCCUUACGAAAAAACCAAGAUUGAAUAAUAAUAUUCCGCCAAAUGUCACAUUAUACAUUAACAACCUCAAUGAUCAAAUUAAUACUGUUAAACUACGAGAAAGCCUCUUCAUGUUGUUUUCGACCUACGGAGACAUUAUCGAUAUCAACAUGAAGCCCCAGGACAAGAAGAUGCGAGGCCAGGCUCAUGUCACUUUUGCAAAACUAGAUGCUGCCAAAUUGGCAUUGAGAUCGUUACAAGAAGAAUCUUUUUUUGAGAAGCCUUUGAAUAUUCAAUUUUCUUCAAACCAAAAUAAGAAACUCUCGCUAAUUUAG